UUGCUUUUGGUUUUGAUCUUCUUUUGAAAUACUGUUUUUCUCUUUUUCCCUUCUCUCCACAUAGGAGGAAAAGAGACGUAGAGUUACAUCCAGAGAACGGGUUGCUGGACCGCUCCCUGCAGAAGAACCGGGAAGAGUAAGACCAGGAACACACGUGGAAGAAGAAGAAAGAGAUGAUAAAGUAAAGUCUGGUCACCCCCAGGGAGCAGAUGGCAGGCAGAUAAGGCAGAGGCAAAUGAACCCAAUUACCGGUCCGCGCGGGACCCAGUUACCGGACUGCCUGACGCCAGCGAUGCCGGUUUUGAAAUAAUGCAAGAAGAAGAAUGCAGGACCUUUACCACUUUGAUCCUGAUUACCACUCCCUGGACUGUGAUGGCCGCCCGAGGGGCUGGGAGGCCAGCCGGGGCUUCCAGGCAUGUGUGGGCAUCGUGUGUGCAGCCAGCAUCCCCGAGGCCUCGCUCGGCUCAUCAUCACUGAGUGAAGGUGCGCCGUGACAGCGCGGCCGACUUUCUUCUGGCGCUGUGAGGACCUGUGUGCAUUGCAGGAUUCGGUGCCUCUGCCCGCCGUGGGCGCCUCCCUGCGGGAGGGCUUGCUGGACUUCAACAGCCACCGCCUGCGCGGGGUGGACAGGGCGCUGCCCCUGAGCACCCUCUGCCCCCGAUCUGUAUCCAGAGCUUCUUCGAGCCAUGGCUUGGCGAGGUUCUGACAGAAAUAAAGUUUCCAGAAGUUGUGUUCCUGCAAUAAGAAAUAAAGAUGUGACCUUCCAGUUGUGUAAAGCUCUUAGACGCUGUGUAAGUGCGUCAGGUGCGCUAAGGAACCUGGAGCUAAGUGGGCUGGUUGUGAGAGAGAGAGACGUAACUAUGUUAACAAAGGAAAACCUGGAGGAGUGCCUAAAGCAGUUAAAGGAGGAAAGAGUAAUAAGACUGAAGACUGAUAAACGAGUCAGUGAGCUGGAACAUGAAAAUGCCCACUUAAGAAAUAUGAAUUUCUCUUUGUCUGAAGCCCUUCAUGCCCACUCAUUGACAAGCAUGAUCCUGGAUGAUGCAGGUGUUUUGGGCAGCAUUGAGAAUUCUUUUCAGAAGUUCCAUGCUUUCUUGGAUCUCCUUAAAGAUGCUGGGCUUGGGCAGCUGGCCACAAUGGCUGGUAUAGAUCAGUCAGAUUUUCAUUUACUAGGUCGUCCCCAGAUGAAUUCUACUGUUAGUAGUCCACGUAAAGAAGAAAAGAAGGCACUUGAAGAAGAAAAAUCAGAAUCAAAACAGGGUGCCCCAGGACAAAUGAAAAAUAUCCAAGUUUCUAUUUGUAUGCAGUCAGCUUACAGUGAAGGAACACUAAUGAAGUUUCAGAAAAUUACAGGUGAUGCUAGGAUUCCUUUGCCUCUCGACUCCUUCCAUGUCCCAGUGUCUACUCAGGAGGCCUUAGAAACUUCCAAAGACAACCUGGGGGUCCCAGUCACAGAGCAGCGGCAGGAGUCUUUUGAAGAGUUCAUUGCUAGAACAUGUUCUCCCUUCAGCAGACAUCAUUUCUGGAACUGAAAGUCAAAGCAAAGAAGAGGAAUUAUCUAGAAAUAGCAGGUCGUCUUCAGAGAGAAUGAGCAAAGCACGUGAAUAUACCAAAAAAUUCUCUGCUAGGAGACAACCUGGGAAGGACCUGCAUUCCU